UGACUUUUUAUUUGGUCUGAGAUUUUGAUUUGAUUUUUAUAGUUUGUGGUUUUUGUUUCUUUCAAGUUGCUUUCAAGAGUUUUUUGUUCUUUUGAGAUAGUUUUUUGUACAUAUAAAUAGAACUUAUUACGCAAUAUAGUACAUUAAAGUGAUAGAAAAGUUCAAAAUAAUAUUAUUAGGAUUUUAAUUUUAAUAUUUAGAAUGACUAGUCCUGAAAAAGCUUCUUCGAAACUACAGGUUUUACGGUGUAAGGACUGGCUUCAAGAACAAAACAGUUUGAAUACUAAAAGGCUUUCACAGCAAAACAAGAAUGAUAUUCAGUUCAUAAUUCAAACAAAUGCAGCAAGAAAAAAAUUUCUGCAGUCAAUUCCUGAGGAUGAUGCGACUCUUCCAGCAGGAGUGGGCGAACCCGAAGAGGAGCCAAAGACUGUUCCUUUACAUAAAUUACGAGUUGAUUGGCUUAAGAUGGAUUGUCAAUGGGGGUCAUGUCAUUGGAGUUAUAAUAACUAUGAAGAUUUUCAAAGACAUGUCCAGAAACACAUAUCAGAUUUGCAUGUGAUCGAUAAAGAAGGCUACGUCGAGUAUGUCUGUCUUUGGGAUGUGUGUGGCCAUAAUAGCUCAGAUUUCAAAGAAAUGGUGCGACAUGUAAAUUAUCAUGCCUAUCAUGCUCGUUUGAUGGCUAUCGGCUUCAAUGGGAGGGCAACAUUGAAGUUGAUUGCAACGAAAAGUUCAACUCUAUUCAGGUAUCAUUAUAGUCUAUUCUUAAUGAAAAAUGCUCAAAAAAUCACUUUGUGUCUGGCACCCUUGAUGGGCUCCGAACACAUGAAAUACCUGCAGCUGAACAAAAAUUCAUGUGAGGAUCUUGAAUUUAAAAAGCAUCCAAAUAAUAAGUCGAAUGGUCCGGUAAUUAGUCAAAUCACAAUCCAGAUCACACAUUGCAAAACCAAAAGAUACAGUGUUCUUCGAUCAUGUAAAGUUGCACAUAAAGUAUACAGAUGCUCUGCUAUGCUCAUGGGCUGGAUGCGGAAUGACGUUUACCCGGCGUAUUUUACUGACGAUGCACGUACGCUCACACACGGGCGAGAGGCUCAUAGCUUGCUACCAUUGCGGACAGCACUUUGCGUGCAACAGGAAACUGGUAGAUCACGCAAGGAGACAGGUUUGUUUCCACUUUCGGGGAUAACUCGACCGUUCGUGCAGCGUGCUGAGGAAGCGCAGCCGGGUGCCAUGAACAAGUGUGGACUGGCCGCCCACCUGGCGCAUAAUGAUAAUUAUAAACGUAAUAGACGUUGUGCCGCGCCAGAACCCCAGCUGCAGCUACACGUGCAGCGUGUGCGGCGCGUACGCGGGCACGGAGUACCUGCUGCGCGAGCACACGCGCCAGCACGUGUCCAUGUACGCGUGCGCGCUGUGCGACAUGUCCGCGCCCACGCCCGCCGCGCUGGCCACGCACGUGCGCUACCGGCACCUGCCGCACGCCGCCCGGCACCACGGCUGCCCGCACUGCGACUACAACGAAAGAAUAAAGUGGAUAUGCCUCAAAUCCCGAGAUUAAUUUUAAAAAGCAGAAAAAAAUCCCGUGAUUUUUUAAAUAAAAUUUAUUUACUUUUACACAAUUUAAACUACUGCACGCACGACGUUGCCAAACUUACAUCAAUGAAAGAAAGAAAUAAAGAAAGAAGAAAUAAAGGAAUCCCGGGAAGAGCCGUCUGCAAAUCGGACCUCCGAAAACAUUUACCGAUCCACACUCGCAAACGGAAGCGUAGCAACACCGAAAACAGUGGGUUGGAUAUAUCCGAUGAGGAGCAUUCAGAUCUCGAGUCUAAACAAUGUAAACCGGUGAGGAAGUACGCUUGCCACAUGUGCCCAGAGAAGAGUAUGAAGGUGUUCCAUAGAGGCUCUAGACUUACAACACAUCUGGUGCAAGUGCACGGUGCUCAAUGGCCUUUUGGACAUAGCCGAUUUAGAUACCAAAUAAGCGAAGACGGUAUGUACAGACUGACAACGACUCGCUACGAAAUUCUAGAAGUUUCUAAGAAAAUCGUAGACGGCUACAGUGAUCCAAAGGAAUCUUUGAAAACCUCAUUCGAAUUCAACAUCAAACAAGUGGCCGAAGCUACGGAAUCUACUCCCAAAAGAUUUGAGAUAACUCUCAAAGGUGACGAUGAGAACACGUUGAAAAAUACACCUCACGCCGAUGACAAUAGAGUUGUUAUCACUGUGUGCGAUGUUGACGAGCUCGGUAAUAUAAUUAAUACUAAGGUGGUACCGAAUUCCGAUGUUGUUAUAUACUCUAGUGAUGAUAAGAAAGAUAUUAGUUAGGUAAUACAAAGAAAUGUUCGAUUAUUUAAAGUGGAUAUUGUACACAGUAGAGGUAAAGAUGUCGGUAUGUCCAUACCUAUACCAAUGAAUACUUAUAUUUUUUUUUUCAUAAAAAGAGACUUAAAUUUUGUCAUUUUUUUUAAAAUAAUUUAUUUUAGCAUUUUAUUGUAUGGAACACAGUCAACAAUAUUUGUUUAGGUUUGAACUGUGAUCUGGAAUUUUCUAAGUUCCGUACAUUCCAACCGAUUUUUCUAGUUAUUUAUUUUUUGAUCAUCGACUUUUGUCUACUUUUGAUCAUCGUAUAUUGUACAUCUAUGUGAUAUAAUUUAAGAAAAUAAUAAUGAAGAUAAUAAAGAGAAAAUCGUUUUUUAC